GAAGAGCAGCUCAGGAAUUGACUCCAAACUCCAGGCGGCCCCCCUCCUCCUCUUCCUCCUCCUCCUCCUGGCCCCACACCCUCAGGACCAACAAGCCCUCUGGUGUCGGCAUGGAGGGUGGUGUGGAUGGCCCCAUCGGGAUUCCUUUUCCCGACCACAGCAGCGACAUCUUGAGCAGCCUGAACGAGCAGAGGAACAACGGCCUGCUCUGCGAUGUGGUGAUUCUGGUGGACGGGCAGGAGUUCCCCACCCACCGCUCUGUCUUGGCGGCCUGCAGCCAGUACUUUAAGAAGCUCUUCACCUCAGGGCUAGUGGUAGACCAGCAGAACGUGUACGAGAUAGACUUUGUGAGUGCCGAUGCCCUGUCGGCACUGCUGGAGUUUGCCUACACCGCCACCCUUACCGUCAGCACUUCGAACGUCAGCGAGAUCCUCAACGCUGCCAAGCUGCUAGAGAUCCAGGCGGUAAGGGAAGUUUGCACAGAUCUCCUGGACAGGAAGAUUCUGGCCAAAAAUGACCAGAUGGAUACAGUAGAUCAAAUUGAUCAAAGGAACCAUCUCAGAGCGAAAGAGUACCUGGAAUUCUUCCAGAGCAACCCCAUCAACGGCCAACAGGGCAGCUUUCCAUGGACCAACCAAGACUUGAGAGACCUUCAGCGGCUCAACUUCCGUGGCCAAGAGGAGGAAGAGGAGCCGGAUUGCAACGGCGUGGACUUCUACUCACAGGCUGCACUCAACGAAAGACCAAAGGCGAAUGACUGUGACCCCGACAGCAACCACGCCAUGUGGUUGGACCAGGAGGAGGAAGACGCCCAGGGAUCCGUGUUCCCACCCUCCCAGAAUGGACAAUUUGGCGGGCGCAACCUGCCGACAGCUGCAGGGGAGGAUGAGACAUCGGCAGCAGCUCAGCUGGACCACGAGGGGGGCUCCCCUGCCUUUGUUCCUGGGGGAGGGGAGGGGGAGGAUGCAGACGGCAGGGAAGUGGACGGCCUGGCUGCCAGCGCCCUCCUGCAACAGAUGAUCAAUUCCGUGGGGCGGUCGCAGCUGGCCGACGAGGACCGCAAGGAUGACGACGGGGUCAUGGAUUAUUACUUGAAAUAUUUUAGCACUUCCCAAGAGGGCGAGGUCUAUCCGUCCUGGUCCCAGAAGGUGGAGAAGAAGAUCCGAGCAAAAGCAUUCCAGAAGUGCCCCAUUUGCGAGAAGGUGAUCCAAGGAGCCGGCAAACUCCCACGCCACAUCCGAACCCACACAGGCGAGAAGCCCUAUGAAUGUAACAUUUGCAAAGUUCGGUUUACAAGGCAGGACAAGCUAAAGGUCCACAUGAGGAAACAUACUGGCGAGAAGCCCUACCUGUGCCAGCAGUGCGGGGCGGCUUUUGCCCACAACUACGACCUGAAGAACCACAUGCGCGUCCACACGGGUCUGCGCCCCUACCAGUGCGACAGCUGUUUCAAGACUUUCGUCCGCUCCGACCACUUGCACCGGCACCUUAAAAAAGAUGGCUGCAACGGCAUCCCUUCCAGAAGGGGCCGCAAACCCCGGGUGAGAGAUGUGGGUGGCAUGCCCACCCCGGCCACCAACCCCGACGAUGGAAGCUUCGCGGGCGGCGAUGAGGCACAAGAAUCGCAGGAUGCCAGCCCGCCGCAGGACUGCCCGGGACAGCACCUUGAAGAUAGCUCGAACGCCGAAGCGGCGUCAGGAAGUUUGAAUGUAGUAGGGGGUUCAUCUGAGGGUAACGCGCAAGAACUCUCCUAAACCAAAAAAAAAAAAAAAUUAUAAUAACCAACCAACCCGUGUCACAAAAUCUAGUUAUACCUUUCCUCCAAUGCUCCUUGAAAGUUAUGGUUUCCUUGCCCUUUUGUGGGAAAAAAAAUAGCCUUAUAGAUUGAUGCUAUAUCUCUGUUUUGUGAUCUUCCCGUAAUAACCAAUUAUUCUAACCUUUUAGAGCCACAGAUUAAUUUUUAAGC